UAAUGUGGAAAAUGAUUUUAACCGUUUUAAAUAGGUUUCUUUUUCCUAAUAGGAGAAAAUACUUACUUAAUAAGUAUUCUAUAAUUGUAUUUUAAUUUGAAUCGUGACGUAAAAAAGUGUGCGGUAAUUUGACGAUGAAAAAUUAUCGAGUAUUUUUUAACGGUUCGAAUCUAUCUUUUUCAAGUAGAAUCUUUACGUUGUUGAAAGUUUUUUUCAUUAUUAUACUUUCCGCCAUUUUUCGAUAACAGUAAAAUUCCCGUUUAAAAUUUUACCCAUCUAUUAUUCCACUCUUCAGGAACGAAUUGAUAGACAGAUAGUUUGCAAUGUGAAACGAAGGGGAAGAAACAACAGAGAGAAUUUAAUUGUAAUUUCACUUUCACGCAAUAUAAUUAUCCGAAAAGGAAUUAAUUUUUCCUCUUCGUGAUAAAUCCGCGGGAACGGAACAAAAGAUUUCGAUUUACACGGAAUCGAUGUAUUUACACGUAUCGCAUUACACUUGGCGUAUUGUUUCUAUAUCCGUUAUAUCCUUUGGUUGCCUCGUGCGCGUAUUGGAUUAUCAACGAAAUUAUUACGCGAUACGCGCUAUAAAUUGCGAAGUAAACGCGUAUAUAAAUAUGCACGGUGCGCCCAUCGAGACAUGUGUGAUGCUCGUGCAACUCGUUGCACGAGAGUUCACUAUCUCUCACUCAAUUUGAGCCUCAUCCGCCGUAAGCGGAUCGACCAGGCUGGCCUUUUAACGUCGGAUAGUCUCGCCUCUCCUGGCUCUAGAGCAUAGACGCCUAUAACAAACAUUAUCCGCCAUAAUGCCCCCGUGUAAACAUACCUACCAACGUGCAUCGUCCUCCUCCUCCUCCUCCUCCUCUCUCCUCUCCUGCACUCGUGUCUUUUUCCGACACAUUGUAUCUAUCUCCACUUUGCCCGCCCGUCGAAUAAAAACUUGCAAGUUUAUUUAGCCGUUUAGCGUCUAGUGGGAAGUUAAGUUUUUCGGAUAAGCCGCCUCUUUACCAUAGAAUCCCCUUCCGGUUUAGCACGCGCCGCUACUUGGAUCGAUUGUUGAUCAUCCUAUUCUAAUUUUUAUACCAUCGAUUUUAUUAUUAUAUUUCUAGUUUAUUCAAACGAAAAGUCCAUAAUUGUGGAUAAUAUAUGAUAGAUUAUAGUUUUGGGAUAAAUUUGGGAGAAAGUAAAGGGAAGGAAAAUGAAGCGAUAUGAGAUACGAUCGAAGUUUCUUUAAUUUUCAUUUAACAUUUUAAGAGUUAAAUAACGGGAUUGGUUAAUCGUUAUUCGGGGGAGGGUUAAUCGAAAGAUUGGUGUAUCGUUGGUCAUAAAAAAGGACGAGCCAUAACCGACGAGGAGCCAUUCGAGUAUGAGUAUCCCUGUUUCUGGCCAGGUCUGCUCCGAAAUCCCCACCCUCGUUUACAGGGAAGGGAUAAAAGGGUCUGAAAAACUAUUUAAACUGUUAAAAGGUGGGGAUAGUUACCUACACGAGGUAAACUAAACUCGUGGCUGGCAAAUUUGUCCGUCAAUUUUGUCACACUUCUCGAAGAGGUAGCACGCAUUGCCAGCUGGCAAUGUCGGAGGAAGAGUAAUCAGGAGGAAGUUUCGAAAAUGAAAGAAAAUGGCCAGUGAUACGACGAAUAACGAUGCAAGCGUCAGUGAUAGUUUCAAGGUAGUGUAGUGUAGUGAAUGGAAGAAUCUUUCCUUGGAUUCGUUGUUGGAUUUCGCUUAAAUGGACUACACACAGUAUCCCGAGUUUAAUCAUAAGCUUGUGGAGGAUUACGAAGGUUACAACAGUUGUGCGCGAAACGGCAACGUGUCGGUAUCACAGGAGCCGGCGACGAAGGUGUCGGAGAGCAGCGCGAAGUUAUCUUCGCAGCCGAGCCAGAACGAUCAUCGGGAGGAGAACAGCUGGUGGACGGCGGAGGAGGGCGGGGGUCAAGAGAUAAGGGAGCGCGAUAAGGGUGCAGCGGUGGCGGGUGAGCUGGCUUGCCUCGCGGGUUACAUGGCGGGGUACUUGAAGGCGGCGGGCGCCACUUGCGCCCCGACCGGUAGUCCCCAGUACCAUCCCCACAGUCAUCCGGCGAUGGGGGUUGCUACUCACCCACAUCCGCACUCUCACCCGCACCCAGGCGCGCCACAUCCUGGCCUACCUUCGCCCUUCGCCCUCGCCACUCACGGCCAUCCUCACCCUCAUCCCUUGGAGCACGGCCUCGCUGCGUUUCCCCAAGGGAUGAACCAGCGGAAACAGCGCAGGGAGAGAACAACGUUUACCAGAGCUCAAUUAGACGUGUUAGAAGGCUUGUUCACGAAAACGAGGUAUCCAGAUAUUUUCAUGCGAGAGGAAGUUGCAUUGAAAAUUAAUCUGCCGGAGUCACGAGUUCAGGUUUGGUUCAAGAAUCGACGCGCCAAGUGCAGGCAACAGUUGCAGCAGCAGCAGCAGCAACAGCAGCAGCAGCAGCAGCAACAAGCCUCGCCCUCGAAAGGGUCGCCGAGAGGAUCGGGCCAGGCGCAGAGCAACUCGAGCAACGGCAACAAGAUGUCGACGAGCUCGACCGCGACCCCGAGCAGACGUUCCUCCCCCGUCUCCCCGCCGCGGGGCAAGGAGGCACCCGGGCCCAACUCGCCGCUCUUGUCCACCACGUCCACGUACCCACGGCUGGGGGUGACGCCGACGGGCGGCAGCGGGGCGAACAGCGCGCUCACCACCCCGUCUCCUCCUUUGACGCCGGGCUCUAGCCAGUUACCGCCGUCUUCUUACCCCCCACCGAUGAACCAAAUUCAUCACGGCGAGUAUGGUUUCACUUGGAGUUCAGCGUCGCCGGGCUCGGUGAACCCGAGCCAAUGUUACGCCGGGCAGACUUACAAUGCCUACCAGAACCCGUACACGAGCGGCGAUUAUUAUCAGACCCAGAUCUCUCACAUGCAUCACAGCCCCCAGGGAAAUUACCACCAUCCCCAGUACCACCACAACAUGGCGCUCACCUCCUCCAUGUCCCACUUGACCAGCCACCAUUUGAACGCGUCCGGGCCCAACGAGAUGACCGCCUCACCGUCCGAGUCGGACGGUUACAUACUGCCCGACCAGAAGUACCAGACGAUGGUAUAGCGGUCCAGCGGAAGAUCGACGGCAAUCUCGAGCCGCGGCAACCAAGAGACCGCCCUCGGAUCGACACCGGCCCCGUACAACUGGCGCCUCAACUCGGCGGCAAAUUGCUCCGAGGUCAACGGUAAUAUCGAUUCCGAUGAUAACAAUUGAAAUGGAAUUGCGGACGAUCCCGAACGAUAUGAGAGAGAAGAAUCUGAUCCGUGCGAACGGAUCUCGCGAGUUUCUUCUCCUUUCUUUUCCCUCGCUUCUCUUUCUUUCUUUUCUUCUUUUUCUCGAAAGAGAAUUUUGCGCGAACUUCCGGAUAUCGUACACGUACACGUAUGUAUGUGCGUGUGUGUGUGUGUGUGUGUACAUCGGAGUAUAGAGUGACUUCAGAGAGGAUUCGAACGAUGAUGUUGAAGUGCGUUUGUUGCGUCGUAUCGAGUACAAUGUUUCUUUCUCUUCUUCUUCUUCGUGUAACGAUAAUAGAACUGAAGGUGAGAUAAUAGGAAGGACUGGUUUCAAAGUAAUUUCGCGAUUCGCGGAGAGUGAAACGUUUUCGCGAGAGAACGGAUAUAAUAAUUUUUUCGAUUUAAUUUCGGGUAAUUUGUCGUCGAUGAGCGAAUUAAGUUUUUCACUGAUCAGCUUCGUUUUCUUUUCUCUUUUUUUUUUUGGAAGAAUGAGAGGACAAAUAAUGGGGAUAAAUAAUGAGUAUAUACUUGUAAUGAGGAGUUAUGUACAAAAAUCGAGCCUCGUCGUAAUUUACGAUACAUUCUUCGUUGUAUUUAGAUCGUAUUUAGGUCGGCCUUGAAUUUCUGCCUAAAUAAUGCAACAGUAUAUAUAUAUAUAUAUAUAUACAAAUAU